AGCUAGACACGUUCUCUGUUCUCAGGAAUCAAAAAAAGGUUGUUCCAUUUACUUUCGUCCCAUUUUCGACCUUCCUAGUUCUUUGGUGUUCUAUUUCAUUUUCUCAAAUCUCGCUGAUCAUUUUUGCAAUCCAUUUCUUCGACUUCAUGUCCACCAUUGAUUCGGUUUUGGAGGCUUGGUCGGUUUCCACCAAAUUUGUCGGCAAGUCACUCAAGGAAUCCGUGACUUGGUUGGCUGGACAAGAUCGGCCUUCACAUCAAAGUCAAUCGACGCAAACCCAGUGGGCGGGCUCUGGAGGGUCUAGUUGCUCAAUAGCCAAGCCAUCCAACAUGUUAUCAGGAUCGGUUGUUCGGUCUGGAUCCACAUUUGUCCGGAUUGCUGGAUUAUCAGGCGCUGCCGCUGUGGCCUUGGGAGCUUACGGAGCUCACAGUUUCUCGGCAGACAAGGCCGAGUUCCGGAAAGUGUAUGACACGGCCAACUUUUACCAUUUCAUUCACACAGUGGCUCUGUUGGCGGUCCCCUUAUCACGUCGACCACUUAUCACUGGAACCCUGUUUUUGGGUGGGAUGACCAUCUUUUGUGGGACCAUUUAUUACCAUGCUUUGACCGAAGAAAAAUCCUUGCGGAAGUUUACCCCUUAUGGUGGAUUUUUGCUCAUUGGAGGAUGGCUUAGUCUUGUUUUAUAAUAUCUGAAUAUACGUAGUAGAAAUGAACAUGACAGAUCUUCUUGGAA